UUACGGUAAACACAUGCAAGAGUGUCAAUCAAAACUUGUCAUUCGAAUUAAUCUGUAAUUACAAGAGCAUCUCCUUCUACAGCCUCAUAUAAAUAGAUGUAGCACAAGAACAACUUCCAAGUCUGGUGCAUGAUUUGAAGAAAAUUAUUAUUUGGGCAGAGAGGGUACUCUACUGACCACUGAGUAAUAUUCUUCAUAUAUAGCUUGUUUGGGAUUCUGGUGCCAUGAUGUCUCUAUCGCAUCCCAAUUGUAUUAGGCACUCCUCUUUACCAAUAUCAGCAGCCUUACCGAAGAGUAAAUCAGAAGUACUGACCGAAACCGAUGCCACCAUUCUGUAUUUUCAAGAGACUAAAGAAAGAAUUAAGAAGAUGUUUGAUAAGGCCGAACUCUCUGUUUCGGCAUAUGACACCGCUUGGGUAGCAAUGGUAUCAUCUCCUAAUUCCCGUCAGGCCCCUUGCUUCCCUGAGUGCGUAAAUUGGUUGUUGGAUAAUCAACUCUCUGAUGGUUCUUGGGGUCUUCCUCCUCAUCAUCCCUUGUUAGUUAAAGAUGCUUUGUCAUCCACUUUAGCAUGUCUCCUUGCUUUGAAGCGAUGGGGUCUUGGUGAACAACAAAUGACAAAAGGACUCCAAUUUAUUGAAUCAAAUUUCACUUCAAUUAAUGAUGAGGAGCAACACACCCCAAUUGGAUUCAAUAUAAUUUUUCCUGGGAUGAUUGAGACUGCUAUAGAUAUGAAUUUGAAUCUUCCUCUAAGAUCGGAAGACAUAAAUGUGAUGCUUCACAAUAGAGACUUGGAGCUUAGGAGAAAUAAAUUGGAGGGAAGGGAAGCGUACUUAGCCUAUGUUUCCGAAGGAAUGGGAAAAUUACAGGAUUGGGAAAUGGUUAUGAAAUAUCAGAGAAAGAAUGGGUCACUGUUCAAUUCACCGUCUACUACUGCAGCUGCUCUUAGCCAACUUGGAAAUGCUGGUUGUUUUCAUUACAUCAACUCACUUAUAGCAAAGUUUGGGAAUGCAGUUCCGACAGUUUAUCCUUCUGAUAAAUAUGCUCUUCUUUGUAUGAUUGAGAGUCUUGAGAGGCUGGGAAUUGAUAGUCAUUUCAGUAAGGAAAUUAGAGAUGUACUGGAGGAAACCUACAGACGCUGGUUGCAGGGAGAUGAAGAGAUAUUUUCCGAUGCUGACACAUGUGCCAUGGCAUUUCGUAUAUUACGUGUACAUGGAUAUGAAGUCUCUUCGGAUCCAUUAACUCAAUAUGCUGAACAUCAUUUCUCCCGUUCUUUUGGAGGCCAUUUGAAGGAUUUUCGUACUGCCUUGGAGUUAUUCAAAGCUUCACAAUUUGUAAUAUUCCCAGAGGAAUCAGGUCUCGAAAAACAGAUGUCGUGGACAAAUCAAUUUCUAAAGCAGGAAUUCUCUAAUGGGGCAACUCGUGCAGAUAGAUUCAGCAAAUAUUUUAGCAUAGAAGUACAUGAUACUCUUAAGUUUCCCUUCCAUGCAAAUGUGGAACGCUUAGCACACAGGAGAAAUAUAGAGCAUCACCAUGUAGAUAACACAAGAAUAUUAAAGACUUCAUAUUGUUUUUCAAAUAUCAGCAACGCUGAUUUUCUGCAACUGGCGGUGGAAGACUUCAAUAGGUGCCAAUCAAUACACCGUGAAGAACUCAAAUAUCUUGAGAGGUGGGUUGUGGAGACCAAAUUAGACAGGCUAAAGUUUGCUAGACAGAAAAUGGCAUACUGUUACUUUUCUGCUGCUGGAACAUGCUUCUCUCCUGAACUAUCAGAUGCUCGCAUCUCAUGGGCCAAAAACAGUGUGCUUACAACUGUUGCCGACGACUUCUUUGACAUUGUGGGGUCGGAAGAGGAACUGGCAAACCUUGUACACUUGCUUGAGAAUUGGGAUGCAAAUGGUAGCCCUCAUUAUUGUUCUGAGCCAGUUGAAAUCAUAUUUUCAGCACUUCGUAGCACAAUUUGUGAGAUCGGAGACAAAGCAUUAGCAUGGCAAGGGAGAAGUGUGACACACCAUGUUAUUGAGAUGUGGUUGGAUUUGCUAAAGUCUGCGUUAAGGGAAGCCGAGUGGGCGAGAAACAAAGUGGUGCCAACAUUCGAUGAAUACGUGGAAAAUGGAUAUGUGUCUAUGGCCUUGGGACCAAUUGUUCUUCCAGCAGUCUAUCUCAUCGGGCCUAAAGUUUCAGAGGAGGUUGUCCGAAGCCCUGAAUUCCAUAACCUCUUCAAACUUAUGAGCAUUUGUGGACGUCUAAUCAAUGACACCCGCACAUUUAAGAGGGAAUCCGAGGCUGGGAAAUUGAAUUCUGUUUUGUUGCACAUGAUCCACAGUGGUAGUGGAACAACGGAGGAAGAAGCUGUUGAAAAGAUUAGAGGUUUGAUUGCGGAUGGACGAAGAGAACUGCUAAGGCUAGUGUUGCAGGAGAAAGAUAGCGUAGUUCCGAGAGCUUGCAAGGACUUGUUCUGGAAAAUGGUCCAAGUGUUGCACCUAUUUUACAUGGAUGGAGAUGGAUUCUCUUCACCUGACAUGAUGCUCAAUGCAGUAAACGCUUUGAUACGUGAACCCAUCUCUCUAUAAUUGCAGGCUCUACCCUUUACCCAUUGAAAGGAUUCUACAAUAAAUUGGGAUGGAUUGUGUGUUUUUCAGUCACAUUUGCAUUUGCUUGCCUCUUUUAUUUUUGACAGAAAAUUUUCAUUUUGGUUAUGAAUUGUAUGGACUUUCAAUGCGAUACUUUUUUUUAACAAUUAUGAGCAAUUAGUUAUAAAAUAUAA